GUAUUGCGUAGCACAAUGUAGCAUGUAUUUGGUACUUGAUCCACGUUAAAGACGGUCGAAGCUACUGGUGUUUGGUAUUAAAUAUGAACUCGGAUGCAGUUGUGACAUUUAAUUAUUUGUUGUUACAUCGUGUGGGAUUGAAAUACUUUUAUUUUUCUUGGGAUUAAAGUAAACGGUUUUCUUAUUUUAUUUAAAAGGUGCUGCUCAAAAUCGUUGCAUAAAGUAGCCUGAUCAGUCGAGAAGUUCCACUAAAUCUUCCAAAAUGUCUCGCCGACACUCACAGAAUGGCCACCGCCGGGUCGGUGGCCUUUCCGCCAAUUGGUAAUCCCCGGAAGCUCGUGUCGAGGAAAUCAAAGCGUCGGAAGUUUCGAGAUCGCACGCAACCGGAGGAGGAACUUUUUGAAAAGACGACAGUGCUAGUAAGAGAGGACGUCUUCUUAAUGGAUAACAAGGUACGACGUGUUCAAACGAACUUGCUGGCCAACAGUCUGACGGCAAGACUCAAGAAAAACCUACCGGAAGGAGUUAUUGAAAAUGAGGCCAUCAACAAGAUACGACGAGACUCUUUCAAGGAUUUCCAGCAUCUAGAUAACCUUGAGAGACAGUACACAAGCGAACUGCACAGAGAAUCUAAUCGCCUUGACAAAGAAACGUACCAGCUGCUAAAACGACAUAAACAGUUGCAGAAACAGAGCGAAAUGUCGCGCCGGAAGCAAGACAAACUCGAGGCGUCACUGAGGUCAAGGUCAGGUAUGAGUUCCGUCACGUUGUUCCCUAUUGCCGGCGAAUCAGGCGGCGGCGAGAGCGUUGUUCAUCGGGAUACGUUUCCGGAAUUCGCGUCGGUGGACAAAGACGAUAUGUCUCAUGUUAAAGUGUUUAAGAUUAAAGGCGUGUACAUGCCCACAAAUAAGUACUCCAGUCGCAUAGAGCCGCUGGAGUUAUCCCCUCGAGAUAAAGCUGCACUUGUGAAGGAAAAUACGAAUAUUCAAGAUUCGCUUCGAAUGGCGGAUAACGGAACGCCGGUGGAUCUUCCGUCUAAGUCAAGAAUGAGUAAGAAAGGCUUGAGGGUUUCAUGGAGCAGGCAAAGUCGUUUUUAUCCCGAGGAAAGCCUCGCAAACGAAAGCUUGUUGGACGAAAUGUCGAGGACCGUCACCCAGAUGUCGUUCGCUGACUCUCGCACCACUGCUCUCACACCUGACCAGACUGUGAAACCAAUGACAAAACGGCCAGACGGGUUCUCAAAUCGGGUAUUUAACAGCAGACUGAGCGUGCGCAGUGACACGUUCCUUAUCCAAAAUAGCAAGCAUUUUAAAGGCAGGCGUAAAAUAGACACUAUAGGUUUAACAUGGAAAAUUCCGCCUGCAAUGCAACAUUCGCCUAUACCAGAAUGCCCAUCGCCCCACAGACAUGCGCGCAUGAGUAUUUCUGGUGUUUCUCAUAACCUCAUGCCGGUGACCACAGCGAUGCAACAGCAAGGUCGCUCAACGAAGAAGGUCUGUUGGCAGGUGCAGAAACCACCGCCAUUGAAAUCCUUGCAGAUGUACCAAUCCUGGAUUGAAAAACUCGAACAAUUAAAGCGCCAUGACAGACAUUAUGAAUCUGGGUUGCCAGGGAUACCGAACAGGGCCAAUCUGUCGGUGAUGACUCAGCAAGUUUAACGAUAAUUCAUUUUAGGUACAUUUGGAUUUUAGUCGUUCUUUGAAUAUAUUUUAAACUGCUGCAUUUUAGUUUUUCAUGAUUAUAAAUAAAUAUACCAUUA